UUCUUGUCAUGGCUUGACUUUUAUUAAGAUCAGGUUGUUAUUAACUAGUUGUUACAAGCUCUUCCAAAUAAACUAUCAUAAUAUACAUAUUAUAUACAAACACGUUUAUUUUACCAGGUAGAUCGCUUUUAUAGAUUAUGCAGAUGCGUUUAAUGGUCGGUCGGUCUGUGGAGCUAGAUAGGGGUGUGGGUCAGUGUAGCAAUCUUUUCAGAAAUUCCCGAUCGCACUGCCAUGUCAGAUCGGAGCGGUCUGACGUUUGGGAAAUUCUGAGCCAUAUCGCUGUAAACAAGAUUGCCGGCCCGCUAAUUUCAUCGAAACCCCUGGGGCAAUAAAUGGCAAGCUGGCGCUACUGCGGUUUGUCAGUCGAAGCCGAGCUUUUUAAUCGAUCAUAAUGAAAUCUUUCCUAUUAAUUGCCAUCUCUGCUUGCGGAUUGUUCUGCAUUGCUGCGGAUCCCCAACACACAUAUGAUGGCCGAAAUGGUCCUCACGUCUUCGGUUCACCUGGCAAUCAGGUCUACAUUAGGGGCCAAAACGAAGGCUCCUACUCGGUUCCCGGGGUGGGUGGUGUCUUCGAGAACUCAGGAUCAAGGGGCGAGCAUGUGUACACCGAUGAGAGCGGGAACACCUUUGUAAACCGCAAGAAUCCUGCCUCUCACACUAUUAGCGGCCCCCGAUUUACGGCCCAAAACUUGGGUCCCGCCCGCACGGAUGCUCCCUAUGGAGGACCAGCAGGAUCAACAGGUUCUCGUCCUCCCCGCAGCCCUCAAUUCCACAUAGAGCGUCCCGGUCGCACUGUGGAUGUCGGCGAUGGAGGAUUCUACAUUCAACGCAGUCGCCGUAGCCCCCAGAUCGUUGUGCAGCGUCCGGAUCGCGGAGUCAUCAUUGGCAACGGUGGCAUCUACAUUCAUCGCAAUCGCCGUAGCCCCCAGUUCCACGUAGAGCGUCCUGAUCGUACUGUUGACUUUGGACCCGGAGGAUUUGUGGUUCAGCGCAGCCGUCGCAGCCCUGCCCGCGUCCAGGGUGAAAACUUUGUGGCUCGGGAUGAUCAGGCUGGUGUGUGGAAUAGCCAGGUUUCAGUUUGGAAACGUCCGGAUGGCCGCACUGUUUCUGUGGACCAAAAUGGAAAUGCUAUCGUCUCUGGGCGACGUGGUACUCAGCAUUACUCCGGUUGAUAGAAUCGGUUGAAAAAACAAGGUGUCUAGACUAUAAAGAUUGUGUAAAUACAUACUACGUUCAUAGCUACUUAAAUCACAUAAAGUCUAAAUGUAAUAAAUUCCAUAGAAAAACUAA